ACGUGGGUGAGAAAAAUCAUUAAUAUUAAUAUUAAUAUUGAAGUCUUGGACACUGGUUAACUUUUUCUUCCACACAAGAGUUAUAAACUGUUGAGACUGGUCCUGAAUAAUGUAUAGAUGCUUUUUGUAUACUGUGUAAAUGAGCCUCAGUGUGUUGCAGAUUAGGAAAUUACUAUUUCAGGGAGCACCCUCCACCAGUCACUAUGUGAAUUUGGCUGUUUUUAACAUUAGUUCAGUCAUAAAAGAAGCAAAAGGCUAUAUACAUGUGUGUAAAGGAUAUAUACACGCACACAUAUCCACUUUAAAUUAACUUGUAUCCCUCAAAAACAGCUGAAAAAAAAUCUCUGAAAUCAGAUUUGAUUUCGACCAAACCAUGAAAUUUCUAAAUAUAGGAAUUCUGGAUUUAUAUUAUUAUAGUCACCAGCAUCAUUUAGGAUGAGUAUGUUUUUUCUUCUGCAGUGAAAUGACUGGGUUUUACAGCUUUGUCUUAUGUUGGCAUCAGGUAAAAAUGCCAACAUAAUAUGUAGGUUUUUUGUUUUUUUUUAUUCAACGAGGCAAAAGCCUCAUUGAGAUUUAAACUCUCGCUCUGGCCGAGCUUAACGUUAACCUCUAACAUGGAAUCAAACCUUAUCAUGUCCUUACCAGCUUAGCUCGUUUGAGGAAUCAUGACUGUGAUACAACUUUUUCAUCCCUUUUUGUCUUCACUCCAUUUUCAGUUGAAAGAUUCACACACAGAGUUUCACUUUAACAGAAUUCGUGUUACUGCGUGUAGUGCAUGGUCAAGUUUAGACUUUCAUGUGUGGAAGGGAACGACUCUUGACUUUAUAGCACCACCAUGAAACGUGAACAGAAAUGGCUCGGUGCUAAUGAACAUUUAUUACAGAACAUUUAAGAACCUUGCUUCACCAUAAGAGCGCUGAAAUAUGUCUAAUUAAGAUAAACAUCUAUUUCUUUAUGUUUCUGGUUCCAGGUCCGGUUAUCUAGCGGAUUGUGUGUGUGCGUGUGCGCGUGUGUGCGUGCGUGUGCAUGCGUGCAUGUGUCAGCUGUUUGGUUUGAUCAGGUAAAAAUAAUGAUGUGAACCACUGGAUUAAUCGUAAUACCAUCACCGCCCUUUUAUUCUUCAGUGGAAGUCGUUUCAGAUCACAACAAAGAGAUAAAACAGUGCUGUAAACAUUUUUAUUUCACUAUUAUACAACCCAUUUGAUCACGUAUCACCGUUUGAUUAUCUCUUGCCUACUGUGUUUGAAGACCUUGUUGGUUUGUAAUGUGGUAACAUGUAUAUUUGUAUUUUAAUUAAAUAUAAUAUUUAUAUAUAUAAGACUCCUCAAAACAAAGUUACUAAGUCUUUUACGGAUAAAAACACUAGUUUGCAGACAUAGAAGUAGAAUCACACAUAAAUAGGAACAGAAAAUAUGAGCAACAAUAACAAAUACUAAAAAGUAAAAAUUAUGUUAAAUCUGGAAACAAAGCUACUUUGGUAGCUUUUUAAGUUCUUGGUCUAGUCGUGUGCAUCUACACUUGUAAUCUACAGAAUAAACUCUUAUUUCUUAACGUUAACUUUCAUCGUGUUUAUUGUGAUUAUGGUCGAUUAUACAGACUUAAGUUCAUGUACUGUAAAUCUACUGAAAACAGUUUGUUUUAACGUCUCAGGGACGUUAAAACUUUUCUUGAUUUAGAUGAAGAGUUGUGGCAGCAGAUCCUGUUUGCCGUCGUCCAUCCAUUGACCAAUCAAAUGAGAGGAGCAAUCAGAGGCCAUUCCAACCAGGUGGGAUGAGGGAAAACAACAACAACCAAGCAGACGGUGCAGUGCUGAGCAGAUCAGAUCCACCUGACGCCUGCAGCAGCAGCAGCAGUGUCCCAGCUUUGACCUCUCACCUCAGGCUGGACAGCACAAAGGAAAGGUCAGGGAUGGAGAGGCUGCUGAGAAAGUGCAACAUCAAGAACCAGCUGGUGAGGGAGUGCAUGGCCGAGUGCCUCAGCAUCUACAUCCUCAUUCUGUUUGGAUGUGGCUCUGUUGCCCAGGUGACCACGACUCAAGAAGAGAAGGGACACUAUCUGUCAAUCAAUCUGGGUUUUGCUCUGGGAGUAACACUUGGGGUCUAUGUGUCCGCUGGAGUCUCAGGAGCCCACCUGAACCCUGCAGUUUCUCUGAGCCUGUGUGCUCUGGGCAGACAUCCAUGGCUGAAGCUGCCUUUCUACGUCUUCUUCCAAGUGCUUGGAGCCUUUUUGGCCGCAGCCACCGUUGGUCUGCAGUACUACGAUGCCAUACGGACGUACAGUGGAGGAGCACUCACAGUGUCGGGUCCCACUGCCACAGCUGGAAUCUUCUCCACCUACCCUAGUGACUACCUCAGUGUGUGGGGAGGCGUCGUGGACCAGGUGAUCGGCACAGCUGCUCUGCUGCUGUGUAUCCUCGCCCUCGGGGACCGGAGGAACAACCCCCUCCCCGAUGGUUUUCAGCCUGUCCUGGUGGGAGCUGUGGUGCUGGUGAUCGGCAUCUCGAUGGGCUCGAACAGCGGCUACGCCAUCAACCCAGCCAGGGAUUUUGGGCCUCGCUUGUUCACGUUCGUUGCUGGCUGGGGAGUGGAUGUUUUCACGGCUGGAAGAGGCUGGUGGUGGGUGCCUAUAGUGGCUCCAUGUGUCGGAGGGCUGCUGGGAACACUGAUCUACGAGCUGAUGAUUGAAGUCCACCAUCCUCCGCCCGCUCCACCUGAGUUUCAGACAUCACGUGAGGAAGCCAGUGGAGUGGAGCUUGUGAUGGAGGUGGUGGAGCGAGACUAUGAUCUGUCAGUCUCAGACCAGCAGCUCCGCCUCUACUGGGGCUUGUCCGUCUUGUGUGCGGUGAGGAAGGCCAUGCCGUGGGUCCUGAAGUGAGUGUUGAGGUCCGUGGCUUUGUCGAAACGUCGCCCGCACACCCUGCAGCUCAGGUUCCCGUCGCCGUCCUCGCCCAGUGCCUGCGGGGAGCCGGCGGGAGAGCCAUCCGGAGAGCCGUGAGGGCGCGCGGUGCCCCGCUCCGCGUCGCUCUGGGUGUCCCGCACGCGAUGAGUGAUGAAGCGGUGUCUGCCAAGGGAGCCGGCAGAAGCGAAGCAGACGCCGCACUGCAGGCACUGGAACGAGGCAGUGUCGGCCCGAUGCUGGGGGAUGUGCCGCUGAAACUCGGCCCCAUCCUCGGUGGAGAAGCCGCAGGGAACGCAGCGGAAAACAUUGUCUUCCUCUUCUAACUCGCUUAGUGAUGUUGUCACCACGGACGCCCGGGUUCUCUUAGCAGGGCCGCUGCCUUCCUCGCCGUCCUCUGUGGCGUUUUCUUCCUCGUCGCCUGCUCUGACUCCAGGUGGUGCACCUUCACCCUCAUGUUCUGAGGAGCAACCUGGACCUUCUCCCCCAGUGGCUGCUCGCUUCCUGGUCAUGGGGGGACCCUGAGGACACAAGUAGCUGUUUUAUUACACAAGCAAAAAGUGGAAGAAAUUUGUUGAAAUGUUCUUCAAUAACAGGCUAUACUACAAUCAACACAACUCAUCUAUCCCUCGUCUCAUUGUUUUGCGUGAAGUAGAUUUUAUCAAACGAGAUAGAAAGCAUUUUAUAAAUAAAUUAUUAACUACAG